AUGGAGGUAUCGCUAGUUUCAGAAAAAAGUCACUUGACACUUUCAGUCAAUGUAGUUGAAUCUCGACAUUUGUAUGUGCCGGGAUUGAUGAUCGUACAGAGCAAGGUUAUCGAGCCUUCGAGCAAAGCACUUGAUGUAAGAAGACGAAAACUGAAAAGUCUGAAUCUUAAAAAGAAGAAGAUUGUGCUGAAAGGAGCUGUUCGUCACCAAAAUUUUCUCAAGGUGAUUCUCAAUUCUAACAAAAAUGCUGAUUUCAUGCAGCUGAAAGUUCAUUGUGCACUAGAACACCUUUACAUGCUCAGGAUAGUGUACUAA